AUGUACCCACCUUACACAAAACCCAACUUCCUAGAAACAGACGCAUCUGGUGCAGCUUUGGGUUCUAUACUAAGCCAACAACAAGAAGAUGGGCGCUUACAUCCACUAGGCUUCCUGUCAGAGUCAUUUAAAGGUGCUGAACAGAAUUACAACACCCAUGACAAGGAGCUCCUGGCAAUUAUUAGAUUCUUCAAGUAUUGGCGCAUCUUCCUGGAAGGGACAGCACACCCCAUCACGGUCUUUACUGAUCAUAGGAACCUGGAGUACUGGAAAGAAUCCUGGACCUUUAACCAUUGCCAUGCCAGGUGGCACUUACUACUAGCUGGGUACAACUUCCAAAUUGUCUACCGCCCAGGAAAGCAGUCCGGAAAACCUGAUGCCCUUUCACAAUGCUCUGACCAUGCCAAUAUUCCACCUGCCAAUCAGACCAUGCUCCCUGACCCUGUGUUUGCCAACAUGGCCAUGGUUACACCUGAGAAGGAACUACAAUGCCAGAUCAAAUUGUCACUUGAUCAGGACAAGUCCCUUGAGGAAAUCCUGCAAUUCCUACAAAACAAGUCCAAGGCCCCGCCCUCAAUCAAGCGUGCUUUUAGAGAUUACAAAAUGGAGGCGGGCCUACUCUUCUACCAAGGACGCAUUGUGGUCCCUGAUGUGGGAACCCUAAGGACAGACUUACUACGGAUAUUCCACAACAGCCCUCUGGCAGGCCAUCCCAGCAGACAACAAACCCUAGAAUUGAUAUCCAGGAACUAUUAUUGGCCUGGCAUCCGUGCAGACACAUACUGGCAUGUUGAUUCCUGUGAAACUUGCCAAAGAAUCUGGAAACCAAAGUAUGUGCCUACUCCCCUGCAACCACUAGAACUACUGUCAUGUCCCUGGCAACACAUAUCAUACAACAUGAUUGUAGACCUACCAAAGGAUGGAAGCAACAACUCAAUCCUGGUUAUUGUGGACAGCUUUACAAAGUACGGAAUAUUUGUAAAAUGCUCCAAAAAACUCAAGGCCCCCAAAUUGGCAGAACUAUUCCUGGAGCAUGUAUGGAAACGUCAUGGUAUGCCGGAAAAAACUGUGUCCAACAGAGGAAGGGUCUUUAACAACAAGUUCUUACGGGCACUGUACAAGCGCCUUGGUAUUGACCCUCACUUCUCCUUGGCAUACCAUCCCCAAAGUGACGGACAGACAGAACAGGUGAACCCUUCUAUUGAACACUUCCUCAGGGCCUACUUGGGAGUCAAUCAAAGGGACUGGACCAAAUGGCUCCCAAUGGCAGAGUUUGCCUACAACAAUGCUGUACAUAGUAGCACAGGCAAAACUCCUUUCAAGGCCUUGUAUGGAUGGGAGCCUACCCUAACCCCAUCCAACGUACCAACAGAUGUCCUGGAAGCCAAUGACCUUGCCCAGACAAUGGAAGUGCAAUGGAAGGAAGUAGAGUCCGCCCUCCAACAAUCCAAACAAAAAAUGAUAGCCAGGGAAGGGGGAAAGCCAACAGAGUUUGAGAUUGGAGAAGAAGUUUGGCUUGAUGCCAGAAAUGUCAACCUCAAAACCCUAAGUCCCAAACUAAUGGAACAACGCCUGGGACCAUUCAAGGUUAUUGAAAAGAUCUCUGACUGGGCUUAUUGCCUAGAGCUUCUGCCAACCAUGCAAAUCCACAAUGUCUUCUAUGUAGGACUACUGUCUAAAGUCAGAAGGGAUGAGCAAAAGCCUUCAAAAACCGUCCACCGCCUGUCACUGUGGAUGGAGAAGAGGAAUACAAGGGUGAAAUGGAAAGGAUAUGGAUCCAAGGAAAACACAUGGGAACCCCAAGAGAACCUGAAAAAUGCGGGAAAAAUUUUGAAGAAAUAUGAGGAAGAAAUGAAGAAGAAGGCCCUUGGUGCUGCCAAGGCCCUUAAAGGGGGGGCAGUGUUGUAG